CAGCAGCAGCAGCAGCAGCAGCAGCAGCAGCAGCAGCAGCAGCAGCAGCAGCAGCAGCAGCAGCAGCAGCAGCAGCAGCAGCAGCAGCAGCAGCAGCAGCAGCAGCAGCAGCAGCAGCAGCAGCAGCAGCAGCAGCAGCAGCAGCAGCAGCAGCAGCAGCAGCAGCAGCAGCAGCAGCAGCAGCAGCAGCAGCAGCAGCAGCAGCAGCAGCAGCAGCAGCAGCAGCAGCAGCAGCAGCAGCAGCAGCAGCAGCAGCAGCAGCAGCAGCAGCAGCAGCAGCAGCAGCAGCAGCAGCAGCAGCAGCAGCAGCAGCAGCAGCAGCAGCAGCAGCAGCAGCAGCAG